AUGCCUGCGUAUCAUUCGACGUUGACUGACUACACCCAAUCCGUUGGUAAUCUUGCUCUGUUGCCAAUACGCACUUCGUUCAGAGGCCCGGCGCCCAUGAGUCCGAAGAUUGAAUUGGAUAUUAUCGAUGAAGCUCUCAACUAUUUUAAAGCAAAUGUGUUCUUUAGGUUUUAUGAGAUCAAGUCUGAUGCCGAUAGAGUUCUCAUUUACCUGACACUGUAUGUUUCUGAAUGUCUGAAACGGCUCCAGAAGUGCUCAAACAAGAACCAAGGACAACAGGAGAUGUAUAUGCUGGCCAUAUCUAAAUUUGACAUACCUGGCGAAUAUGGCUUUCCUUUAAACUCCGUGUAUGCCAAGCCUACUAGCACCCAGGAGGCUGAUUUGAUGAGACAGUAUUUACAGCAGUUGAGACACGAGACUGGUGCCAGAGUUUGCGAAAAGGUAUUUGCUACAGAAGAUGGCAAGCCCAGCAAGUGGUGGCUCUGCUUUGCCAAGAGGAAAUUCAUGGACAAGUCAUUGUCUGGCCCUGGACAGUAA